AUGGGUGGACCUCGAGCACGAUAUCUUCGGCAGGGACUUCCCCUCCCUAUACAUAUGGCUGCCAAGACAUGCGAGACUCUCCCUACCCCAGACAGCCCUACCAACACAAUUAAAAUAUGGGACAAAGUAACGCACAAAUGCAGCCUCACAACACACCCGUCACCACUUACCCCACUGCUCCUCAACAUACAAUUCACACUGGGCAUGACACCCAGAGAAUGUGUACGCUUCGAAGAUAACAACCUCACCUGCCUACACCACUUUUUCAAAAACCAACAAAUAAUACCAUUCACAGACCUCCCGCAAAUGACACCUUUCAGAACAUUUGACCUUUUCCGACAUAUUCAGAUCAAAAGUUUCCUCGAAACAUCAGCAAACGAACAUGUCAGCACCACGGCCCUAAGGCCCUUCGAAAAACAAUGCAUGCAAGCACCAGUCCAAAAGGGUCAAAUCUCAGCACGAUACUCGCACAUCAUCCAAAACAUCAAAGAGGUAGCUUUCAAAUAUGUGACAGCUUGGGAGAGGGACUUAGACCUGGCGGAAAACCCAUCUUACUGGGCCGAAAUAUGGGAAGCCACAGCCACAAUCUCCAUAUGUGUUAACCACAAAGAGCAAGACAUUAAUGAGAUGGUACCUCCAGCACCCCCCCCACUUCCCCCUUUUCCUUCCCCUCCCCCACCACCCCCUAUUCCUGGACUCAAAACACAACCCUCACCACCUACCGGAAAGAGACCUCGCUCCGCGAGACACCCGCCCCAUAACAAAAGACUCACACACCACCAGUAA